AUGGCGCAAGUACUUCUGGACCUCUUCUACUCAUUCGGGAACUGUCUUAACUGCUUUCCCGGAAACCCCAACCUCAAGAUCAACAACCGGAGCUUCAAGAUCUUGAGAUUACUUGGAGAGGGCGGCUUCUCUUACGUAUACCUUGUCGAAGAUACCUCAAGCCACGAGCUUUUCGCACUUAAAAAGAUCCGAUGUCCUUUUGGCGCUGAAUCGGUACAGCAAGCCAUGCGUGAGGUUGAUGCCUAUCGGCUCUUUUCUCACGUUCCAACCAUCAUAUCCGCUGUCGACCAUUCCGUCGCAACCGAGCGCGGCGCCGACGAGGCGACAAAGACCGUUUAUGUCCUUCUGCCGUACUAUAAGCGCGGUAAUUUGCAGGACAUGAUCAACGCAAACUUGGUCAACCACGAUCGGUUCCCUGAGCGUCGUCUGAUGUUGCUCUUCCUCGGAGUGUGCAAGGCUCUGCGUGCCAUGCACGACUAUAAGCCUGCCGUGGAGCGCAUGCACAUGGGCCAGGAAGAGGAUGAGCUGAACCACGGCGAGAGAAACAACACACGAGGAAAGCGAACGGAGGAAGAAGAGGAGGGCGAACAAGAAAGGGGUCUGCUGGAUGAGGAGAACCAAGUUAGUGGAGGUAGAUCAAUUCAGCACUACGCCCACAGAGAUAUCAAACCAGGUAAGGCUGCCCACCAGGGCACUAUUCUCAUUGAUGCUCCAUGCUCAUCUCUAUCUUCAGGCAACAUAAUGAUCGAUGACUCCGGCUCGACCCCGAUCCUCAUGGAUUUAGGAUCCGUCGCUCCGUCGCCAAUUCCUGUUACAUCACAAUCCCUGGCCCUCCAGAUUCAAGACACGGCCGCUGAACAUUCAACCAUGCCCUAUCGUGCCCCCGAGCUUUUUGAUGUUCAGACUGGCAUGGUGAUUGAUACAAAAGUUGAUAUUUGGUCCAUGGGCUGCACUCUCUACGCCUGCCUUGUCGGCAAGUCCCCCUUUGAGAUGCGCUCAGACGAAACCGGUGGUACUCUGUCUCUGUGUGUUCUCGGUGGCGAUUGGCGCUUCCCUGAUGAAGGACCUGCUGGCGUCAAGCGUUCUAACAGCAUGCGCCCGCAGCAAGGACAACAGCAACAACAAGCACCCGCGGUUGAGAUCAGCGAGCCGAUUCGCGAUGUCGUCAGGAAGUGUCUGUGUGUUGAACCCGCUGAGCGACCGGAUAUUCACGAGUUAAUCGAAAUGGUUGAAGAGGUUAUCGAGGAGCUUCCUGAUGACUCCCAUUAG